UGUCUGGAGAACUUAAUGCUUAAGAGAGUGGUCUUGCAAGGGAGAAGGAGGCAGGGCGCCAAUGCCUCGGCAUUAGAGAAAGAGAUUGGUCCAGAACAGUUUCCAGUCAAUGAGCACUAUUUUGGAUUAGUCAAUUUUGGGAAUACCUGCUACUGCAAUUCAGUUCUUCAAGCACUUUAUUUUUGUCGUCCAUUUCGGGAAAAAGUUCUAGCAUACAAGAGUCAACCUAGGAAGAAGGAGAAUCUUCUUACGUGCUUAGCAGAUCUGUUUCAUAGCAUAGCCACCCAGAAGAAAAAGGUUGGAGUUAUACCUCCCAAGAAGUUCAUAACAAGAUUACGGAAAGAAAAUGAACUUUUUGACAACUACAUGCAGCAAGAUGCCCAUGAGUUCUUAAAUUACCUACUAAAUACAAUUGCUGAUAUUUUACAAGAAGAGAGAAAGCAGGAAAAACAAAAUGGCCGCCUACCUAAUGGUAACAUUGACAGUGAGAAUAACAACAGCACACCUGACCCAACGUGGGUUCAUGAAAUUUUUCAGGGAACAUUAACUAAUGAAACCAGAUGUCUUACUUGUGAAACUAUAAGCAGCAAAGAUGAAGAUUUUUUAGACCUUUCUGUUGAUGUGGAACAAAAUACAUCAAUUACUCACUGUUUAAGGGGUUUUAGCAACACAGAAACUCUAUGCAGUGAAUACAAAUACUACUGUGAAGAAUGUCGCAGUAAACAGGAAGCACACAAACGGAUGAAAGUUAAAAAACUGCCCAUGAUUCUAGCUCUACACCUGAAGAGAUUUAAAUAUAUGGAUCAACUUCAUCGAUACACAAAACUUUCUUACCGGGUAGUUUUUCCUUUAGAACUUCGUCUCUUUAACACUUCAGGCGAUGCAACUAAUCCUGACAGAAUGUACGACCUUGUGGCUGUCGUGGUUCACUGUGGAAGUGGCCCCAACCGAGGCCAUUACAUUGCCAUAGUUAAGAGUCAUGACUUCUGGUUGUUGUUUGAUGACGAUAUUGUAGAAAAAAUAGAUGCACAAGCUAUUGAAGAAUUCUACGGGUUGACAUCAGAUAUCUCAAAGAACUCUGAGUCUGGUUACAUCCUUUUCUAUCAGUCUCGGGACUGAGGGGGAACCAUGAUGAAGAGAUUUCUGCCUCAUUUCUUCUCUGGUUAUUAUGGAAAGGAUCAAGCACUGAUUUUUCAAGAAAAGAGAAAUGCAGGAAGCUCAGGGGGCAGUGGCAUACUUUGCACACAAUAAAGCAAAGACUAUGGAUUAACAAGCUCUUCCUAUCAUGGUAGUUGAUUUAUUUGCUCAGGUAUCAUGCUGUCUGUGCAGUUCCAUUCAACAAGGACGUGACAUCAGAGAUAGCAGCUCCUCCUGUAAAGCAGCCUUCUGGUAACUGACACACAUGUUCUCUUUAUUAAUUGCACCAGUAUGAUUUGAACUCCUUGGGGGUGCGGUAGAAGGAAUAGGAAUCGGUGCCAGGUUGCACUGAUAACUGAAGGAGACGGUCGAGAACACACUGCAUACGUGUGCCUGUGUUGAAUGUGUACAGAAAGAAUCUUUGGUGGUCUUUUCAAGCGUAAACCAGAAAUACUUUUGGGCCCAACACUUGCAGUUGCCUUCCUGAUGUAAAAAAAAACUAAGAUAUUAGAAUCCAGUGUCAGGAAGACAAAUAUGUUUUGCUUCUCUGAAGAAGCUUUUAAUAAUAUACAGUAUGUGUAUAUGUAGGGAACAAUUGGUCAAAAGUGGCUUUUUGUUUCCCCAAGGGGAAAGACUGGCUUUGUAAUUAUAAUUUUUUUCCUUAUUUAUUUUACUCAAAACUGCUAGAGUCUAAGUAUUGUAUGACGUGCCCAUGAUUCUGUCAGUAAAUUUGAUCAUAUUUUUAUUAGCUUUUGUCAGUUUAACUAGUCCUUUUGUUUGUUUCUAUUUUUAAGGUGAACUUUAAACUCUAUUUUAAAUCAGUAAGAUACCAUAAGAAAAAUUGCAAUGAGGGGAGGUAAAACACUCUUUUUCAGGAGGAACUGAUAUCUCUGGCUAAAUAUUUGUUUUUUGUUGUAGUUUAUAUCAGUUAUUUUAUUCAGCUUUAAUUUCAGUAAAAUAAGAACUGUCAGAAUUCCCUAUAGUUGUCAGAUGAUAAAAGACACUCUGGUGCCGAGGGGCUAUACCAGUCUUCAGAAUUCUCACGUUGAGGGAGGCCAUGUCUGGAGGGUUCGUGUCACAGCAGUUAUGUUACUUUCCAGUGUCAUUCUUUACCUUGGAAAGAAGGACCCACUCAUCAUAACCCCGAAGCCUGGGUAGCUAGUGGAAAACCCUUUGAAAAUGAACUUUUAGGGAAGUAGACCAGGAAUGCACAGACACGUCCUUUCCUGCCUCCACCUUCACAUAUCCAACUGGGAGAGUGUUUGGAAAAUAACUUUGUGAAGACUCCCUUCUGUUGGGAGUUUUAAGAAGUAAUGUGUAUAAUUAAAAUGUGUGUAAAUUAUUGCAGUUGACACUUUUCCAUGCAUCAGUAAGUUUUCUGACAGUGGCUGAAUGUCACUUGCAGAAAGUAAUUGAAUAUAUAUUCAAAAUAAUCAGGCAUCU